GGGUCGAACACUCUGAACGGAUAUUUCUACCGUCCGAGUGGGAGUAAAGCUUCACAUAACUAAUUUCCAAUUAACCCCGGCCUCUGUGACCUUCUGGAACAAUCUCGAUUCUCCGCCUCCGUCGACGGGAAGUAUGGCCGGAAGAGAAGUUCGUGAGUACACCAACCUCACCGACCCCAAAGGCACGAAAUUGGGGAAGGGAAAGGAUAGGCUAGACGAUGAAGAUAUCGCUUUCCAGCGCAUGGUUUCCAAGGGAUCUUGGCUUUUCCCACUGGGUGGUUGAUUGGAGCAGAUGCAAGAGGUUGCUGGAGAACGUGGAGGAUACCUACAUGGUCGAGGGGCAUUGGACAGUGAUGACUUACUCUAUCUCAAGGAGCAGAUGGAAGCUGAGGAAGAUGCUGAACGUCUCCUACGCCGCACUGAGAAACGGGCAUUUGCUGCAUUUAAGAUAUCCUUCCUCAUCUACCUCAUUUCCCUUCCAAAUAGAAAAGAAUCUUCUUCUAAAACCUAAAUAGUGUCAACAUGAUUGGAAAUACUUGCUACUUACCCCAUUGGUCUUGAUGUUUUUGCAUCUAUUACUUCUUUCAUUCCCUAUUUUAGGCUUGGCAAUGCCAUGUUAGAACAUUUUUUUGAUCUCCAUAUUUAAAUGUCUCUACAAUCACAAAGCAGUUUUGUUUUUUUUUAAAGCUAAAACCAGUUUUUUCUCAUUAUUGUGAUUAUCGACUUUAAAAUUCAUUAUGUUUCACUUUGCAGAAGUUUUUGCAUGGGAAAAGUUAUGUGAAAUAUGUUGUAUGCAAUUCAUGGUUUCUGUUUGUCAUUAGCCUGCUAGUUCUUUGUUUCCCACAUUAUUUCAUCUUUUUGGCUGACCUUAUAUAGACUGUGUUAGAUUUUCCAUGCAUGGUAUAUAUAAGUUGAAACACAGUCAACUUGUCGGUCUCUCAUUUUCUUCCUUAACCAAUGGGCACAAAGCUGCAAAUUUAGCAGAUUCUUCACCUGCUGUGGUUCCUUUGCCUCUCCGUGUUGAGCCCAAGCCAAAAAGUGGGAUUAGACAGCAAGAUCUACUGAAGAAGGUUGUAGAAAUUAAACCCAAACGACCUAGAGUUUCAAGCUCAUCCAGUGGGAAUCAACAGACUACAACUUCAAGUACAAAUUCCAAGAAGUCAGAUGAAGAAGACAAGGAGCACCCUGCUUCCGAAAGAAAUAAAGCAGAAGACCAGAAAAAAGUGGAAAAUCCAGUCAAAAGUUUACUAGGCUUAGCAUAUGCUAGCUCAGAUGAUGAAGAUGACUAAUUAUUUGCAUCGGAACAAUGGGACAUUAAUUUUUUUUUUUUUUGGGUUAAAACCAAAGUGGCAAAGAAAAACAUGUUUUCCUGCUUACACAGACAUUCAUGCCACCUGACCCAUCGUCAAAAGCUGAGUAAUAUUUCUUUGAUAAGGGAGAUAAAAAGAAAAAAAAGAUAAAAAGAUAAAAAGUAAAAAAAACCUAAGUAGUAGGAAAUGAGUGUAUUAUUGUGUAUUAUUUCUUCUGUUUAGCAUGUAGUCUUUCUUUUAUGUCAACUUCAGUUUAUAAUCAACAUCUUGAUGUUUUGGAGCACUUCAAAACUCCUGAUGAACUUGUUAAUGCCUUCGCUUGACUGGCAUUUGCGACCUCGAAUUUCUGUUCACGGUUAUAAGUAGGCUUUGCCCCUCCAAUGCUUGUUUGUUUGAAUGAAGCUCCAUUUGUGAA